AUGGCGCGAUCAAGCAACGGAACGGAUCGGCACGAUGAUGCGGAUGGCGAGCAGGCUGGCGAUAAGCAUCAAACGGGACACCAAGAGCCAAGCGCCAAGCGGGCCAAGAUUGAAGAGCAGCCAAGUCACGAGAGAGACGGCUCCGACCGCGGGGACGCUGAUACCAAGGAGGCGCAACAGCAGAGCGGCAAGACACGCCCGGCAGCGCCCGAGUCUGGUUCGGGUGACGCUGAGCGCCCGGGAGAGGAGCCCAAUGUGCCCUCGAGCAUCCUCGAGAAGGGCAUCAUUUACUUUUUCGUCCGUGGCCGCGUCAACGUCGACGAACCGCACAAAGUGGACGACAUUGCACGCACCUACAUCCUCCUGCGGCCAGUGGCCACCGAUGCCAAGCUGGGCAGCGGCCCCCUAGGCGACGCCGGAACCACGCGCGUCUUGGCCUUGCCCAAGAAGCAGCUGCCCCGGAGCGGGCGCGAGCGCUUCAUGGUCUUUGUCGACAUGGCGGGCGCCUCGUACGACGAUAUCAAGAACGGCUUCCUGGCCUCGGGCGAGUACGAGACCAAGACGGCCGGGACGCGGCACACGCCGGCGGCAACACCCGUCGGCGAGGGCGUAUACGCCAUUACCACGACGGGGAGGGAAAGCCACCUGGCGUACAUGACGACGCUGCCCAAGGAGCUGGGCGAGGUGCAGAAGAAGCUGGGUAUCAAGGUACAAGGGAGCUUCAUCAUCAGCACCAAGAACCCCGAGUACCCGGGCCCUGCGAACGCGCGGCUUCCAAAGGGGCCCGAGUUUCCCGAGAAGGUGCAACAAGAGUUUCGCUCCUUGCGCUGGCUGCCGUCGCAGCCUGACCACCUGGACUAUGUCAACGCCCAGGUGCUGCUUGUCGGCGAGUCUUCUGGGAUAGACAAAGCGUUGGAGCCGCAAAAGGAAGACAAGCACAGUGGCGCAGAGGAGCCGGCAGAGGCCCUCGAGCAUCUAGAGGACGAGGAUCUGAACAGGAUGAGCGGACUGGCGAGCGGGCAGUCGGCGUCUAUUUUUGCCGACCUGCACGCCCGGGCCAAGGACUAUCCGGCGCUUCAGACGACGUUUUGA